GCUCUGAAGACGAGUGCGCGCGCACAUGAAUGAUCAUUUGGCAAGAUGGCGGCGCCCAGGCAUCAAGUCACACUUCGUGGCUCAGAAGGAAUGUGGAUGGUACAUGGACCUCCAGACUACACAGACAAUGUCCAGUUUAAGAGAGAUGACAGUUCGUCUUGUAGAGUUAUGGCUUACAGCUCAGAUGGGUCAAUGUUUGCUUGGUGCAAUGGACAGUGCACGAAGGUGAUCCGAUUGUCAGAUUAUAAGUUACUCCAUCAGUUUCAACUGGCCAAGAUUGCUCAGCUAUGUUUCUCUCCUCUAGGAACGUACCUUGCUACGUGGCAGAAUUAUCAAGCUGUCAAAGAUAAUCAGUUAGCUAGUCACAAUCUUCAUAUAUGGAAUCUAAAGACAGGAGAAGUCGUUAACUCAACCAUCCAGAGGAAAAGAGCUGUAUGGAGACCUCAGUGGUCAGCUAAUGAAAAGGUGUGCGCUGUAUUCGCCAGUGGAGGUGUUCUGUGCUACAGCGAUCAUGAUUUUGGGAACAUUGUGGCCAGACUUCAGCUUCCUAGAAUGGAAGGAUGUGUAAUCUCAGAAGGGGAUUCCCCACCCUCUGUUGCUGCUUAUGUUCCUGUUGUUAAGGGAUCUCCUGCUUUUGUGAGAUUAUAUCGAUAUCCCAACUUGGGAGGGGAGGGAGCAGCCAUAGCCAGUAAAAGCUUCUUCAAAGCAGAUAACAUUAAUAUGUUAUGGAACAAGAAAGGAACUGCUCUUCUUGCCAUUGCAAGUGUUGAUGUUGACAAGACAGGCAAGUCAUAUUAUGGAGAGCAAGCCCUACACUAUUUGGACACCAGUGGACAGGGUUGUACUGUAGCACUGUCUAAGACUGGACCCAUCUACAGUGUGGACUGGAAUCCCAACUCCUCAGAUUUUUGUGUUGUGUACGGGUUUAUUCCCUCCAAAGCAACCCUCUUCAAUCUGAAGUGUGAACCGCUGUUUGAAUUCGGCACUGGGCCAAGAAACACUGUGUAUUACAAUCCACAAGGAACAGUUCUCUGCUUGGCUGGCUUUGGUAACUUAAGAGGCAAAAUGGAAUUCUGGGGAAGGAGCUCUUUGAAGCUAGUGAGUAAAAUUCAAGCUGAUGACUCCACACAGUUUGAAUGGUGCCCUGAUGGAGAGCAUUUCUUGACUGCUACAUGCUCACCAAGACUUCGAGUUGGAAAUGGCUACAAGAUGUGGCACUACUCGGGCAAGUUAUUCAGUGAAUACUCUGUCCCUCGUGAGAAGGAAUUAUGGGAGGUUGUAUGGAAGCCAUUUCCUGCUGGCACCUUCCCGUCUAAGCCAGUUAUUGCUCAACAACAAUCCGCUAAGCAGGUUGAUGCAAAGCCAGCCGUUUAUAGACCUCCGAACGCCUCCAAGACUGCAGCAUCCUCCUUCAAACUAAAUGAAGAGGAGCCAGCAGAAACACUCUCAGACAAGGCCCUUUCUAAAAACGCCUUAAAGAACAAGAAGAAACGAGAAGCAAAGGCCAAAGCUAAACAGCAAGAGGUGAUCGGCUCCCCUCUGGAUUCUCGUACCAGUGAGCAGAGAGAUGCCCUAGCUAUGGCUUCCUAUGUCUUGGGUCAGGCCCAUCAUACGCCAGUCACCCCGAUAUCAGCACAAGAUGAAAACAUUGCCACAGAAACAGACAAGAAGAUCAAGAGUCUUAGAAAGAAACUGAAAGCCAUUGAAAAGCUGAAGGAACAAAAAGCCGGAGGCAAGGUGUUAGAAGCAAAUCAGCUGGAGAAAGUACAAGGUGAAGCUGCUUUAGUAAAGGAGCUACAACAACUAGAACUGAAUGGCUAGAGGUAAACCCAAGGUUGGAACUAUUGGAACCUGAUGGUUGGAUGGCUCAACUGGAAGUCUGCUGUCAAACAGGUUAGCCUUAGGACAGAAACUAAGAGGAUUCAGCUUUGAUUUAUUGGAGUGAGCUGGUAAAACAGGCAUUCUACUUGGAACUAACACCCGGUUCAGACAGGCGCUCCAGAGUCCCGCAGAACCAAACUCUGGAUUCAAUGAAAAGUUCGUCGUCUGAAACCACUAGAAGUGGACGCGCUAGAAACAGAAAGAUCUUUGUUGCAGUCAAUCGGAACGACUCUGGAUCACCUUGGUUUCAGACGUCGAACUUGUCAUGAGCCAAGCCAAUGCAAUGUUAUGUUAAAGGCAGUGGACACUAUUGGUAAUUACUUAAAAUAAUUAUUAGCAUAAAACCUUUCUUGGUGUUGAG